ACCAUGACUCAGACCCUCUUCUUCCUCGGCUCGACUGGAUAUCUCGGUUCGGAGUUCCUGAAGCUGCUGGCCAAGGACUACCCCGACUUUAACCUCCGUGCGCUCGUGCGCAACCCGACGGAGGAGAAGACCAACAAGCUGAGGGCCAUCUACAAGAACAUCACGAUUGUGUCUGGCGCGCUCGAGGACGACGAUAUCAUCCAGGGCGAGGUCGAGAAGGCCGACAUCGUCAUCAACGUCGCGAGCUCGGACCACGCGCCGAGCGUCAAGGCGACCAUCGCUGGCCUGGAUAAGCGCUCGAAGACGGGAGGCAGCCCUCCUCUGUACAUCCACACUUCUGGCUGUGGUAUUGUCAGCGACAACGCGCGGGGCGAGCCUGUGGAUCACGUCAAGGAGUGGUCGGAUAUCGGCUUGGACCUCAAAUCAUGCACUCCUACCAACACUCAUCUUGACUCUGAUAUUCCCAUCGUUGAGCUGGGCUCGAGGAAAGAGAACCCCGUCCGGACGAUCAUCGUCUACCCCGCGCAGAUAUAUGGUGUCGGCACUGGCAUCCAGCGUACCACCAUCUGGCUCCGCAUCUUCAUGGACAUGGCCAAGAAGCUAGGCCGCGCGGGCACAUGGGGCUCCGGCGCAAACUCGAUGAACAACGUACACGUUCUCGACUGCGCAGACGCCAUGCACCGGGUGUUCAAGGCCGCCAUGGAGGGCAGGGCAGACGAAGGCCCCGAGGGUCUUUACUUCGUGGGAUCCCUCGAGCCAAAGGUCACGUACCACGACUGGAACGUGGUCAUGGGCGACUACCUCUUCAAGAAGGGCCUCAUCAAGGAAGGCGGAUCCCGCCCCAUGCCGUCCGAGGUCGUCGACCCCCUGGGCAACUAUGGCUGGUCUCUCCUCGGCGGCAACCAGUUCACAAACCCCGACAGGAUCACGACCAAGCUUGGCUGGGACCCCGUGCACACGAGGCGGGAGCCGCUGCUCUCGACGAUGCACGCCGCCAUCGACGUCGCCCUCGAGGACGGCGUCUGGGGUGACGCGCACUACACCACCGGUCCGGAGGAGGAGUCCAAGUGAUCUUGGAAUGGUAUGCAAGAGAAGUCGACGAAACUCGUUGGAUAAUGAUCUAGCCUAGCUAGUAGGAUUGAACUGUAUAUAUACCCAUGUCGCUGUAUAAUCC